AUUGCAACAGGGAAACUCAUUGAUUCUGCUUACCCUCCUCCCUCGCGGCCUUAUGAACAACAUCUUAACAUCACGUUUUACUUAAACAGGAGGAUGAAGUUUCUAUUUGUGCUAUCGCUGAUGCUGUGUUACAGUUCAGCUCAGAGUGCUGAUUCAAGUGAGUAUAUCGUACAGUCCAACCUAUGUGCAUGAGUGACUACCUUUCGUAAUUAAGCGACCAUCUAACCAAAACACCAAAACUUUCCCAGUGAAAGCCCUACAGUUGGAACCUCUAGUAAACCACCACCUCCUGUAAGCGACUGCGACCACUAUUUGGGUCUGACGGACGGUUUAAUGAUUUCCAUUGGUUUUAACCUCUUGCAAGCAUUGUCUGAUCUCUAUUUUGGCAGUGUGAACUAUGCUAAUAGGAAUAUACGGAGAACUUUAGCAAAACAAGCUGUGUUCGGACAUCUCCUUAAAGCGGCCAUUGAGUCUGCAUUUUUGUGCUCUCUUAUGGGGGUUCGCAUGCAUUUUUAUUGCGCAGAAUAUGUGACCCCUAUUUUUCUCCUAUCCGUCCACCCAAUCAGUUGACAUGGAGAAAACAGAAACUGGUCUUUAACUACCAAACAUCUGGCGACUUUUCUUCUUUAAGUUUUUUUUGUGGCAAUUUUCGUUAUCCACCUAUUGUGUUUAAAAACUCAAUCACCCUAGGUCAGAUUUGAUUUCAGAUAAAUAUCCUGUAAGUUUGCGACAUUGCAUUUUUAAACCAGGGGCAAAAUAGUGGGAUUUAGGAAAUUCGUUUUAAUUGGUAGAAAAAAGAACAUGGAGGGCGACACCUCAAAGUUCUCUAUUGAUUAAGAGAACACAAGUUGACGUGUAGAAUAUACAAUCUGAUUUUGUAGGAUGUGGUUCUGUGGUAAACAACAGCUUGACAAGUCCUGGAUUUCCAAGAAAAUACCCAAAUAACAUGCACUGUGUGUACAACGUUUCCAUUCCAUCAGGAAAGGCACUGAAGAUCAAUUUUUCAACUUUUGAACUGCAAUUACAUCCUCAAUGCGAGUAAGUAAUUUUUUUGACAAUAGAGAGAUUUAGAGUCACGUUAACUGUAAACGGCAAACGUGAGAUUCAAGUUGAGAGUAUCUCAAAUAAAAAAUAGCAGGUAAAAACAGCUCAAAGCAAUUCUUAUGGAUAAAUCUGGCGUGAAACAAUUUAUUUAACUUCUUUGUAGAAGCAAUGAACAGUAAACGUCAAGAAAAUAGAAAAAUUGGUCACGUGGUACAGAUUCACUUUUGCCAUUUAAAGUUAACGUGACAGAGGGCUAUUCUCAUUGGUCGGUGCUUUUCCUGGCGGGAUAUACUUACCUGUCAGCCUGGGUUUUUAGAAGCCUGAUUUUGCCCUAUUUCUAGGCGUAAUAUCACAGAUCCGCAAACUUGCAGCGUACAAGUCGAACUUCGGAAUUUGUGGGUAUGUUUUUACCAACAAAAAUGUUAAGUUUUAGAGUAAUAAGUAUCACUUUAACUCAAGUUCCUAAUCUACUCUUACCAAAGCCGAGUCAGUUAAGUGGUUUUCAAUUGUUUGUCAUCUAAUUUUAAAAUAAAGAUAGACCUAGUUUUAGAAACUGAUAACACGAAGAAGAAUGUAAAACACACUGAUACUCUUUAAUUCUUUUAAGAAUUAAAGAGUAUCUGCCAGUAAAUUAGCGGUCUGGUCGAUAUGGCGUGAAAAAUAGAUUUCGCUCAUUUCUUGUGCGUUGAAAGACUUUCAUGUAACUGUACUUAACGGCCCCAAUCCGCUAGACUGUAUUUUAAAAACUCGAAUUUUUGAGACAAUUUUGGUUCACCCCAUCCAACGCUCGCGUUGCGCGGCUUAAUUCAAGGCUGAAAAUCAACAAAACUUUGAAUGUUGAUUUGGAAAGAAAUAGUAAUUAUUAGAUAAAAGAAAUAACACAAAAAGCCAUCAUAAUUCCUUUGACAUAACACAGCGUUUUCUGCCAACAUUGAGCACAAUUUGACCCCAUAGCAAGAUUUUAACGAUCCCCUUUCCGCACUGACAGAUCAAGUGGAGACGAACCACCCCCCAAAUGGGGUCCCAAAUGUGUCAUUUGCUCUCGGAGAAAAAAUUGAAGCAGAGUAACAUAUAUAGAAACCAUGAUAUUUUGUGAAAGAUUACUUCCGAAAAAAAUAUAAUUUCUACGAUUUCUUCGAUUCUUUCUUCUCCUAAAAUACUGCCUAAAAAGUGCAUUCAUUAGUUAUUGACCAGGUGACAGCUUUUAUUUCAUUAGUAUGGUAUUUCUGUUGUUUCGGCGCAGACGGCUCUCUCUCGAAAUGUUCCUAGCGGCAGAGAGCGAUGGGAGUCAUCUGUUUCGCAGCCUAAUGAACAAAAUUCAAACUAUUAUUUACAAAAUCGAAUGUUCGUUGCUGAUGCCCGUAGAUAGGCUCAAAAGGUGUAGAGACUUCUUACUGGCUAAACCGAGAUCUGACCAAUGAUAUGGUCUUUGAUCUGGAAAAUGCCAUAGCUUUUUUUAAAAUCCAAAUUAAGAUUUCACGCCUCAAGGCUUUUACGUGAGUUGAGAUAAGUGAAAUCCCUUUUACAGGCCUUAGUCAUCUGUGAGUAGGUCGAAACAAUAAGACAUAAAAGCCUCUUGUUGAACGUUAAUUGGCAUUUGUAGACUGCGGUAAUUCGACUGGUCGGGAGUGACUCAAGUGCAACAUAAAAUGAAAGAAUUUGAUCGGCGGCUUGAUAUUCCACAGAGACGUUUGGAGCUUCCUUAACUCCACCAUAAAGCACCACUCGCAAUUAGUUGAGGCGCGCAGUAGAACAUAAAAGGCUUUUAUGUUCUCUUGGCGGUUAGGGUUAUUUCUAAGAAUUUAACUGCCCUUGAAAAGUAAAAAACAUAUUUUUUCCCUUCUAGCUAUGAUUAUUUGAGGAUUGUAGAUGAUGACAACAGAACACUUGGUACAUAUUGUGGGAGCGAACUUAGUGGAAAGGUAGUUUUGGUAAAUGGAAACUACGCAUUAAUAACAUUCCACUCUGAUGGUUUUGAACAACACGUGGGAUUCCAGCUCACGAUGUUAUUUACUGAAAAUCAAAAUGGUAUGUUCAAAUAA